AUGAGCAAUUAUUUUUUAAAUUCGGGACUUAAAAGGGAUGGUUAACUGUAAUUAGUACCUGAACAUGUUAAGUUUAAUUUAACAUAACUAACUCCCUCUAAUGUUGGGAUAAUUUAAUUUUAAUUAAUCUUAGCAGAAUAGGAGUAAAAUAUUAUCGAAUUAAUCGAUAUUCAAGAUAAUUUAGGAAAUCCUUUGAUAAAAAUAACUUUGAAAGAAAGAGAGCUAAUAAUUCAAUAUUUGGAUAAUACUUACAAAUUUCCGAUUCAAUAAAUCAUUUUAUAUAAAUUAUAUCCAAUAUUUAUAUCAUUCUACGAUGAUAUAAGCUUGAUUACGAAUUUUACAGUUUAAAGUUAAAAACUUCAAUAAAGAUUUACAUAUACUUCAAAUAAGGUUGGAAUAUUAUUAGGAAGUAGAAGUCAUUUGAAUGCUUUUACAGGGAUAACUCGAAAUUUGUAGAUUAGAUUUGUAAAUGAAAAUGAAUUGAAAAAACAAAUAGAAGAUGAGAUAAAGAUUUAAAAAUAAAUUCUUAAUGAUUUAAAUGAUAUAGGAUAGAUAAAAUAUAAAUUACCAUUUAGCAAACCUUUAUAAUCAAUUGAAGAAUUAGAUAAUUGGAAACCAAAUGAAGAAUACACUAUUCUUCCAAUAUAAUAAUUAAAGAAAAUAAAUAGAACUACAAAUUAACCAUUAUUAGUAUGUCAUGAUAUGUAAGGUGGAUAUAAGGAAGAUAUUUGGUGUUUUGGAAAUCCUUUGAGAUAGAAUAGCUAUCGUUUUUACUAUAUGACACAUUGUGAUAUUUUUGUAUAUUUUUCACAUACUUUGAUUACAAUUCCAAGUGUUCCAUAUAUAAAUAUUUGUCAUUAAUUUGGUACAAGAAUAUUAGGAACAAUAAUAACAGAAGGAGAUGAUAAUAAAUUGACAAACUAAUUAUUAAAUAUGAAAUAUGUAGAUAAAUUAGUAUAGAUUUGUAAAUUCUAUAAAUUUGAUGGUUAUUUAUUGAAUAUAGANUUGAAAAAAUAGCUUAUUUCAUAAUUCUUCCUUUGA